ACCCCGUGUCGCUCUCCGCAGCGUCACCAUGUCGUCGGUGUUCGGAAAACCCCGCGCGGGCAGCGGGCCACCGAGCGCGUCCCCCGAGGUCAACCUGGCCAUCCUGGGGCGCCGCGGGGCAGGCAAGUCCGCCCUGACGGUGAAGUUCCUGACCAAGAGGUUUAUCAGUGAAUAUGACCCCAACUUGGAGGACACCUACAGCUCCGAGGAGACUGUAGACCACCAGCCCAUCCUCCUGAGGGUCAUGGACACUGCAGACCUGGACACCCCCAGGAACUGUGAGCGCUACCUGAACUGGGCCCACGCCUUCCUGGUGGUGUACAGCGUCGACAGCCGCCAGAGCUUCGAGAGCAGCUGCAGCUACCUGGAGCUCCUCGCGCUACAUGCAAAGGAGACCCAGCGCAGCUACCCCACCGUGCUGCUGGGCAACAAGCUGGACAUGGCCCAGUACAGGCAGGUCACCAAGGCAGAGGGUGCGGCUUUGGCAGGCAGGUUCGGGUGUCUGUUUUUCGAGGUCUCUGCCUGCCUGGACUUUGAGCACGUGCAGCAUGUGUUCCAUGAGGCGGUGCGGGAGGCACGGCGGGAGCUGGAGAAGAGCCCCCUGGCCCGGCCCCUCUUCAUCUCCGAGGAGAGGACCCUGCCCCACCAGCCCCCGCUCACCACCCGGCACGGGCUGGCCAGCUGCACCUUCAACACACUCUCUACCGUCAGCCUGAAGGAGAUUCCCACUGUGGCCCAGGCCAAGCUGGUCACCGUGAAGUCAUCCCGGGCCCAGAGCAAGCGCAAGGCACCCACCCUGACCCUACUGAAGGGCUUCAAGAUCUUCUAAGGCCCUCCUCAGGGUCCUGGGCUUGGCGACUGGGCAGGGCUGUGGAACAGGGGCUGGUUUCUCACCACCAGCCUUUCCCUCUGGUGGACAGCUGACCCCUCCUGCCGUGCCAAGCAUUGUCCCUUUCACCCAGUCACUGUAUGAGCUGGAGGGACAGGCAGGGAUGUUGUUCCUGUUGCCUCCAGGCCUUAGGCUCCAUGGUAACCCAGCAGGGAAACAGCCACUGCGACAGCCUGGUGUCACCACCCUGUCUCCACUGCAGAAACAGCUGGGCCAGGCUCCGCGGGAGGCCAGCAUAUAUGUGGACCUAACAGCCUACAAGAGAGACAACCCUUAGGUCUAGCGCCACCUGGUGGAUGGGAAGGGAAGGGCGGCAGCAGGUUUUGGAGGCUGGAGCCCGACCCUUCCAUUGUCUUCUGACCUCAUAGAAGCCCUAGGCUAGGCCCUACAGUUUUCCAAAUGAAAUCUAGUUAAAAUAAUCUUAUGAGGCGGCCUCGAAGAAGUCUCAAGAAGAGGUAUUUCCAGCACUUUGCCUCUCCUCAGCAAGAGUGGAAGGAAGGGCUAUGGGUUGUCCAGUGUAUGGAGGCACCGAGGACUCUUUCAUUAGCAGGCAGGGCCCCCUGUUUUCCCACCAUUAGGGACUCUGUCCACAGACCCUCGGGAUCAGCCUCCUCAAGCUUAAUGAUCAAAGCUGCAGAACAAAGUCGUUCUCUCCAGUGACAAUCACCCAGGACUCCAGGGCGCCCACAACUGGCAGUAUCUGAUGCCACCCAGUAGCACUCUUAGCAUGCCCAAGGCUGCUAGGGAGAAACACAGUGUAUAAAUUAUACCUAUUUUUAGUCUGGUGGAAGGAGCCCUGGUGGUACAGUGGUUAAAGUGCUUGGUUGCUAACCAAAAGGUUGGCCGUUCAAACCCACCAGCCACUCCACGGGAGAAAGAUGUGGCAGUCUGCUUCUAUAAAGAUUUACAGCCUUGGAAACUCUAUGGGGCAGUUCUGCUCCGUCCUGUAGGGUCGCUAUGAGUCAGAAUCGACUCAACGGCAACAGGUUUGGUUUGGGUAGUCCGGUCUGGUGGGACCCAGUACCCUCAGCAAUGGGUCUGAGUGUUCAAAGGCCACUUUUAUAAGAUAGGACCUAAAGCAUUUUGGUUAAUAAAUUUUUGUAUAUAAGUUAUUUGGUGUUGCCACCACAGCUUUAUAUCAAAACAUGAUGGCUUAGACACGGGAUCUGGAUACUCAUGUGGAUGCUGAUACAACUUGGGAUCCAACUAUUAGGAGGUCUUAGGAAAGGAUCUCAGAGUUAGGAAGUUCCAUAGGUUUUUGUGGGGUUUUUUUAAUAUUAUUUUUUUAACUUUACCACAAGGUCCCUGGCCUGGAGGUCUGUCUUAGAUGCUCAACAAUAAGCAGGUAAAGAAAAGGGUUCUGCAGAGUGGAAAGGGUAAGAAGGGGAUUCUGAAUCCAGAGUCCUGCUCCUUCUGCUCUCAGCUGUCUGGGAGCCUGGACUGAAAACAACAGUUCUAACCCAGCCUCUAGCUGAGGUCAGAGGGAGGCAGUAAACUACUCAAGACCACAUGCUGAGGAUCCUGGCCAAGCUUCCUGACCCCCAGGCCCACUGUGGAUUUGCACUUUUGCUCUCAGCCACUUGUGCGUGGACCACGACUAUUUGAACAAGCUACGCAAUUCCAACUGCCCACUUCGAAAAGCCUUUUUAAUAAAAAGGUUU